AAACUCUUGAGAAUUCUUCUUCUCGUGUUCAACCUCCUCGUCUUUGUGGCGGGUGGCAUUAUGACAGGAUUUGGUGUCAUAAUGGUCUUGGUGGUGGCAUUCUUGGUCAUUGGUUGUCUGAUAUUUGUCACUGGUUUUCUUGGAUGUUUGGGAGCUUGGAAGAAGAGCAAAUGUCUCCUACGACUGUUCGCCACUGUUUUGGUUCUUAUUAUAAUCGCUGAGAUUGCCUGUGGAGUCAUCCUAAUUGUCAAUAAGGAUAAAUUCAAGCCAUUCAUCAGAGAAUUCUUUACAAACGCAAUUGCUGAGAUUGAAAGCAAUCCAAACUCCGGCCUCACAGUCCCAAUUAUUGGACUGCAAGAUUCGGGCUGCGUAGAAAAGAUUGUCCACGAACUGAAGGCAAACAGCAUUGGUAUUGGAGCCGGUGUUGUUGAAAUCGAAACCAUUGUGGCGGCUCUCAUUCUGGCAAAACAAUCCGAAUAA